AGCAGCCUGUACAGUGAGGAAGGCCUGGGGGUGACGGCACUCAGCACGCUGUAUGGUGGGAUGCUCCUGUCCUCCAUGUUCCUCCCGCCGCUCCUGAUUAAGAAGUUUGGCUGCAAGUGGACCAUCGUCAUCUCCAUGUGCUGUUACGUGGCCUUCUCCUUGGGCAACUUCUACGCCAGCUGGUACACCUUGAUUCCCACCUCCAUACUGCUGGGUCUUGGAGCAGCCCCGCUGUGGUCCGCUCAAUGCACGUACCUCACCAUCAUGGGAAACACACAAGCAGAGAAGGUGGGAAAAGUUGGCAGAGAUGUGGUGAACCAGUAUUUUGGCAUCUUCUUUCUCAUAUUCCAGUCAUCCGGUGUGUGGGGCAACCUGAUCUCCUCCCUGGUGUUUGGCCAGACACCCACUCAAG